CAUGACACUCGUGGAAAGGGAAAUAUGGAUUUCAGUCGCGAAAGAAUCGCCAAGGAAUUACCUCUGGGCUUUGUUUUCUCUCACGCGGUUCCUCCAAGGGUUAACUAAAACCCUUUUAAAGGUUUGUUAAGAUUUCCAAGUUCAUAAUUUAAGAAAAAAAUUUAACUAACUCACAAGAAUUGACAAGCAGCUUUUGCAACGAAUGUCCUAGUGUGUGGCAAUCAUUCGCUAGCUGUGUAUUCGUGUACUCUCUACAGAAGGUUUUCAAACAUGAUGUUUCUUCAACGAGUGUAUUAUAGUUAUAUUUCCUGGCGGUGAAAGCCUAACAAAUCUCACGAUUUUUAAAUUGCGGCUUACUUAACAUUAAUUUUACUUUAAGAAGAAACAAUUGUUCAUUACAAGUGUCUGACGGCUACUCCUCGUUUCUAAUUACAAUGUUUUUAUUUUGCCUCUAAGAAUUGAGAAUUGCACUAACCCAGUUCAAUUUCUUUUUUUAUAUGCCUUGUUGUAUAAGCCGCUAUUCAUUUGUCCUGUUAUAGGAGAAUUAUGACAAUGACAUCUGUUUAUUUUACAGAAAAAAUAAAUGUGUCGUCUAUUUGGAAGAACUGGAAGCCCUUUACACGACUAUUGCGUGACUCAAAUCACUGGACCUUUUAGGUAAUGUCACGCACUAUCAGCCUUGAACAGAUGUAAAUGUUUGUUGAGAUUGUUGGCCACAUAGUUAGCUGUUUAAAAAACGAUAAGGAUGAAAGUUAAUGAUCUAUUUUAGCAAUCAGUACUUUCCUUGAACUGGCAGCGCUUAUAAACUACGGUACAUAAAUAUUUCAAUCUAGCUAAGUGGCAAGCUGACAAACAUGUAAAGGAAGAAAGUUCCUUUGGCCAGUGGAACAGUAAAAAUAAUCAAAGGAGCAAUUUAUGUUAUUUUAAAAUACUAACGAUUCACAAACUCAACCCUCCAAGUUAAAGUUUUUGCUUGGUCGCCAUUUGGCGACCAAGUCUUAAGGUUUAUGCAUCAGACAAUUCCACCUGCACCCAGCCCCCCCCCCCCCGGGCAUUAGCAUUUUUUUUGCCUUGGAUAGCAAAUUCCCGGGGGUGGGGACUCUUGAGCUGUCAAAUCCCCCAGGGUGGGGACAAAAAAAGAGGGCAAAUGCCCCGUCCUCCGUCAACACUGCAACAUUUUUUAUUGAUCGCACAGUCAAAUAGUGCCGUUUUAAGCAUUUUAAUGUGCGAUUUUUUGGUUUCAUUAACGUCUUUUUUUGUAGUAGCGCGAGGAUUCUAAUUAAGACUUUGCGCCGCGAUGACAUGCACCAGUUUAUGGGUUUAGUGUUGGUAUAAAAUUAUUGACAUUAAAAUUAAUCGAGCACUGUAAAGUUAUAUGUUAUGAAUAGUUUUAUAAAUAUGAAAGGAUGUUCUUCAAAUAAUAUCAACAGAAAUUUGAUUCAAUAUCCAAAAAACGGUGAUUCACAUCGAUAGCUCCAAUUUCGCUACGUAAUUCUGGCUUGAUAAGCAAUGAAAAAAUGCAUACAUACAUGUAAAAUCGAGAACAUGCCGUUACAACCCUCUACAAUUUAUUCCUGUCCUUGACAAAUGAGCCAAUCUGCUUUUCUUCCCGUAAAACCUUCUUUGUAGUUAUAUCCUGAUAGGAAACCGCGUGUGUGUCAAAAGCUCAGGAUUGGCCCGCGGGUUGGCAAAUGCCCGGCCCCCGGGCAGUGCAACAUUUGCAAAUGCCCCACCCCCAGGACUGACAAGGCGGGCAAAUGCCCUGCAGUUGCCUGGGGGGGUGGGGGGGGGCUGGGCGCAGGUGGAAUUGACUGAUGCAUUAGGGAGACUUUUUUACAAAUCAAGUCGCCAGCUUCAAACUUCUAGGUGCCAUGGUGACUAAAAUGGUCACAACUUGGAGGGUUGAAACUGCAAGCAGAAUAGAAAAUAUAUAGAAAUUUUCCUUCGCAGAUCAAAAUACAGUGUACAACCUGUGACCAUUCUAAUUGUCUUUUAACUUUUUCCAGGUCCACCAAGCCAGGAGUGGAGCUAUCCAUGCUGCAGAUUGCUGACUUUGGGUAAUGCAGUGCACCUGUUUGAAGUUGUGAAGAUGUUUAUAUUCUUAAAUAUUCAGUUUGUUUAGUGAAUAAUGUAACUGAUUUAUGAGCUACAUUUUGUCUUCCAGAUCUUUUUGCUUGUAAUCAUGGACUCACUGAAAUCAACCUCAGUGAAUAGUAAGUUAAAAGGCUUACUUUUAUGGUAUCAAGUGCUGUUCUAAAUGUAUAACAUGACAAGUCCAUCUGCUCUUUUAGUAAUCAGGGUUGUCAAAAGUAUCUGACUGCUGGCAAAAAUUGCUGCCUACUUGGUUUGUAUCAGCCGGCUACUCUGCUUAGCAUUUCUUUACGGAUGAUGUUUUUUGAAGAAAAUAUCCCUGAACUAGCCACUUACUUUGACAACUCAGCCAUCUACUUCGAAACUGAGUAAUCAUAUUUGAUAUCGUAAGUUACUUCAUCGACAUGUU